AUGCAUGUUGGCUCUUGUCGCUCAGGCUGGCUGUGCUCAGGGUGCCUCACCUCAAGAAGGGAGAUGCACCAGCGCCAGAUUGCUGCCAACGUUAUCACCCACAACGCUGCCAUUGCAGCAUGCGCAGCAGCGGGAAGGUGGGUACACGCAGUGGCGAUUCUCUACAGCAUGGCAAGUCCAGACAUUGUGAGCUUCAAUUCAGCUAUUGCGGCCUGCGAGGUCAGCGCGCGCUGGCAGACGGCUGCCUGUCUGCUGCAGGACAUGAAAGUCAAGCAUCUUGUGCCAGAUGCACUUUCAUACAACGCGGCGCAAGCAGCUCUGAAAACAAGUUGGCAGUGGCGACAAUCUCUUGAUCUUCUUGCUGACAUGAAGGAACUACGGGCGUCAACCCCAGACCUGAUCACCUACAGCGCGGUUGUUUCAGUUUGUGCGAAAGGGGAUGCUGCCCGCGAGGUGGUGACACUUCUGCAAGAAGUCUGCAAGCUGGUCAGUGGAGACUGGCCGUGGCAGAUGUGCAGCCAAUGUGCUCGACCGUGGGAU